GUGCAGUAUAAAAAGUGUCGCAGCUCCUUAAUUAUUACAGUUCAACUUCAACAGUUCAACCAACAACAACCAACAAUGGCAGCCAAGUUCUUCGCUAUUCUGUCCCUUGCGGUGGCUGCGUCAGCGCUGCCCGUGGUGCCGGUGGGCAAAGCAGUGUACGCGGAGGCGGAGCAACCCGCGCACUACGAGUUCCAAUACAACGUGCAGGACACUCACACCGGUGACGUGAAGCAGCAACACGAGGCUCGCGCCGGAGAUGCCGUCCAAGGCUCCUACUCUCUGCUGCAGCCCGACGGUCUCACUCGCAUCGUCCACUACUCCUCCGACGCUGUGAACGGCUUCAACGCCCAAGUGAGCUACGAGGGCCACGCCACAUCCGCUCCUGCCCAGCUCGCCUACGCCGCACCCGUCGCUAAAGUCGCCUACGCCGCUCCCGUCGCUAAAGUCGCCUACGCCGCUCCCGUCGCUAAAGUCGCCUACGCCGCGCCCGUCGCCAAGUAUGCAUACUCCCCGGUCGCCAACUACGCCGCACCCGUAGCCAAGUACGCCUACUCUCCGGUCGCCAGCUACGCCGCACCCGUAGCCAAGGUCGCCUACGCCGCUCCUCUUACACAAGUCUCCUUCUCCUCCCCUGCCAUCUCCUACCACCACUAGAUCGUUAUCUGUUACCAUUGAAUUGUUGAAGUUGUUCUAUUUAUUGAUAUGAUUUAACAAUUAAAAUAUUUAUUGACAUUA